AAUGGACGGGCCAAACAUUCGCAGCAAGGAGGCGCAGAUUAGCGAGCGAGAGCUAAAGGUGGCGUGACAGGGUCCAGUUUAUCGGACCUUUUUCUUCCCGGUAAAGGAUGUGACAAUGCUGGCCGAGAAGACGAGCUCGGCGGCGAAAGGCAGGAGCAUACGACGGACAACUUGGGUUGUUUGACUAGCGGCGGAGAGAGCGGCGCACGCCAUGGCAUCUCAGCCGAGCGCAUAUGAUGAAGAAAGGAAUCGUCUCCGCCUCCAAGCCUGGGAACAGAGGAACCAAGAAACCAGUCAACCCAAAGAAAUCUGUUCAGGGAAUGUGCCACUUUUUGGGCAGCCGUACAAAACAAGCAAAGGCGAUGAGCUUUCCAACAGGAUCCAGAGAAUGCUGGGCAGCUAUGAAGAUGUGAACAAUCCUACAGAGCCUUCCGCAGUUCCUGCAGACUUCACACAGUCUGAUCGAGGGCAGCCAAACUCUGAUAGGCCCGGCAAACCUCUCGUCCAAGACCUGGCCCAUCGCGUAUCCUGCCAAAACCUCCCAAGUAAUAGUUACCCUUUUCAGACGAUGAGAGAGAUCCCCCCUUGCUCCCCAAACAGCCAUGGACGUUCACUCAGUAUACAAAAGGCUUCACUGGCUCAUCAGAAGAAGGUUGAAACUUUGUCAGAUCUCAGGGAGGAUGCUAGCAGUUCUCAGGAAAGGUCUGCUCAGUGUCCGGAUGUCAAGCAGAUACCUGUCCUACAUUCCAGUGAGCCCAAAGGUGCUAAAGACUCCUCCGAUUCACAUCAGGAGACCUUAGAACCCGCCUCCAGCGCCACUAUGGUGGACAUUUCUGUGUUUAACCUGAGGCAGUCUCCAGUGGACGCUUCUCUGCAUCAGGGUGGAAAAAGCAGCAACUCCCUGCUCUCGCAGAAUUUCCCACCUCUGUCCUCGUCCAAGCCGCCCAGUGUUGUUACGAUGCAGAAGCCCACGGCGUACGUGAGGCCUAUGGAUGGUCAGGACCAGAUGCUCAACGGCUCUCCGGAGUUGAAACCUUCGCCUGAGCCACGUAUACCUCUGCAGGAGAUCCACAAGGCUCACGAUGCAAAGGCCAAAAUGAUUCCCCAGUAUCUGGAGAUGAACUCAAAUGAAGCAGUGUGUGUGGAAGACAUUUUGAAGGAGAUGACUCACUCCUGGCCCCCCCUCCUGUCAGCCAUACACAUCCCUUACUCUGACUCAUCCCCAACUAAGGAAGCAGAGCAAGUACCUUCAUGUCCAGGAGGACAAAAAACCCACGACCACUUUCCUGGAGGUCCUCGCCAUAUCGACCUGCGUAGCCCCAAAUUAUUAUCGCACAAAGAGGCUCAUUCCAGUGGUCUGGAGUCAGCAAGCUCCAGUGACUCUGACAGCAGCUCCAGAUCUGAGUCGGAUAGCGAAAGCAUCGCCGAUGAGCCUUGUGGACUGAUAGCGAGCAACAAAAUUGAGCUUGAUGCCGCGGCAGCGUGUGGCAACUGGCAGCUGGGCAACUGGAUCCGGUCCAGCCAACAGAACUCCAGCAAUGAGAGCCAAAGCGGCUCCAAUGUCGUGUGCGAGAACCGCACUCGAAACCCGCUGAACAGCUCUGAACACCUUACCGAAGAAGCUACACAGCAAAGCCGAAACCCUGCAGGAGUGCAGCCGUGCGGGAAGAGUUCUCAUGAGAGCGGCAGUUCCGAGAAGACUGGCGCGCGCAAAUUGCCGAAAGGUUAUUUGAAAUGUGAGGACACGUUAGAAGGAAAAGCACCCCCUUUCUCAGACAGACCCAAGGUAAAAAUGAAAACUGAACGCUUAAAUAACGUUAGCAGUGACUCGAAGAAGAAAAGGACUUUUAAGAUGGCAGAGGCAGAAAAAACUGAACCCAGGCUCGAGGUGGUCCAAGGUGACACUGGGUGUCCAACAUGUCCCCACCACUGCUCUUGCCAUACUUACAGCCACACCCCCAUGUUAAAAAUCACCAGUUGCAAAGCCAAUGUGGAAAUCGUUCAACAGGGCAAAGCCAUUCCCAAAAUAGAGUCCGCUCCAACUCAACAAUUCUGCAAGAAGUUGGAACAUGUACCUAAAUCUUCUCAGGACAUCCGCUCUAGGCCUGCUGGAUGCCUACGAGUAAAGAUCGACCUCGGUCUGCUCUCAAGAGUCCCUCAGGGGACACCUGGGAAGGCAGGGACCCGAAAACAUCCCAAAGCCAGCAAGAAGACUCUACCUCAAACUGCGGACAUGGACGACAAGACUCUUCCCAGAAAGAAGCAGAAACUGGAGAAAAAGAUGACUUCAACCAACAAGGACUCUUCUGCCAAAAUGGAGCGUUGUGCAACUCAACCAAACGAGGAGCAGCACAAGAUGGGCAAGAAAAAGCAGGUACACUUGCCAAAGCCCCAAAAAGACUCGGGUGAAGACCAGAAGGGUCUCAAAGGAUCUCGUGUGGAGCCUCAUAAGGACACCCCCAAGAGGAAACGCUCCUCCAACAACAAAAGUAGCCAUGCGAGGCACAUGCGUCUAGACAAGCAGAAGCAGUCGUCAUCAUCACGACACCCCAAGGAAGGAGUGACCUCCAGACCCUUGCUCAGGUUGGAAGACAGGCAGUUUCCAGUGAAGCACUACAUCAAAGAGGCCAAACGACUGAAGCACAAAGCAGACGCUGAGUCAGAUAAACGCAGCAAAGCCUUCAACUACCUGGACGCCGCCAUGUUUUUCGUGGAGAGUGGAAUCGCCAUGGAGAGCGACCCGCAGAUUUCAAUGUCUUCCUACACCAUGUUUGCUGAGACGGUGGAGCUCCUCAAGUUUGUGCUGAAGCUCAAGAACUCUGCAGACAUGACUGCCCCACCCUCUGACAAGGACUUUGUAGCAUUAUGUCUGAAGUGCCAGUCUCUCCUGCAGAUGGCGAUGUUUCGCCAUAAACACAAAACUGCGGUCAAGUACUCAAAGACGCUCACCGACCACUUCAACAAUCCCGCACGUGAGGCUCCUGUCUGCGCCACAAAAGGCCCCAGCACGCCGUCCCCCAUGACCGGCAUCCCGUCCCCAGCCCGCGGCGGCGGCCACACCGUGGCCGUUCCGUUCGCCGUGGAGCAGGUGACGCUCUCCUAUGUCAACAUCACCACGUUGUUCCUCAGCGCUCACGAACUGUGGGAGCAGGCGGACCAGAUGGCCGGCAAAGGCAGCGGUCUUGUGGCGGAGCUGGAUGCCGCGCUGGGUCCGCUGAGUCUGACAUCUAGCGUGCGCUCCAUGGUGCGUUACACCCAGCAAGGCGUAGCGUGGCUGCGACUAGACAGCUCAAAAGCCCAAAAGAGCGUCUGCUGAAGGUACCCGAAGCGCUGUGCUCCAAGCCCGGCAUGUGGGUCACGUGCCGAAAAACGACUAGGACUGUGGCUCAAGUGGAUUCACCAGUGAGUUUAAAAAAAAAAUAGUAAUAAUAAUAAAUUGCACUUAUGACAAAGCUUAGUGGAAUGCCCCCAGAUCGGGCCAAAGCCACUCAAUUGCUUACUAUUGCAUACAAUGGGAGCAUGGCUGGGAUUGAUGAUUAUUCACCUUUUUGUUACCCUGAUACUUCCAUGAUCUGCACAUUCACUUAUACAAGUUUCCCUCGCCCAAUCGCGAUUCACUACUCACAAAUUCAAUGAUUAUAGAUGUAGUUAUUUGCAGAAUAACUUGCCUAUUAGCCGGUUUUGGUGCCUUUUGUCAUGCACAAACACAACAUGGCACAAAAACUCCCGAUAAUAGAAAAGUAGUGCUUUGGAGCCAUCUUGUGGUUUCUUGCAUCGACAGAGCUACGUUGAACUGAACUAUUAGACUUCCUAAGCACUGAUAGAAAAGUAGUGCUUUGGUGUCAUGUUUUUCCAUCUGUAAGCAAUUUAUAAACCACGAGCAGUAUCAAAUUUAAUGUCAAUUUCAACUCUGUCCUGACGAGACAGCCAGGAAAAGGUGCAAAAAUACCAGACUUACAUGGCUGGUGCGAAAGGGGCUUUAGGUGCUACUGAUACUGUGCAGUGCGAAGUCGUCAAAUUUCUUGAUCAACUUCAACUUCCCAACCCUGGUAUUCGAGCCAUGCCACAAAUAGCCUUAAUCUACAUCAUUGCAUGCAGAUGCCACAAGAUUGCGCUACAGGGCUACUUUUCAAACAGGGCUUUGCCUGUCUCAUGGCUUUCCUUCAUUUGAAGGUCUUCCCUUGACACCAAGAUGCCACUAAUUGGCACCAAAGCACAGGUGUUUGGCACCAUCUUUGGGCUUUUAAACAAAACAAAACAAAAAAACUGAAGGUCAAUAGGUGAGUUUUUCCAGCCACUAACAAAAAUGCUCGAAAAUCAAAAAUCAAAUAGGCAGGGAGCGGCCGCCGUGACCACAUCACCAUUCGCUUAGCAAGACCUCACGUUAGGCUGUUUUUCCGCUAUGGUCCAGUUCACUUCAUGGCAUCAUGGUGGAGGGCAAGCACAAGCUCAAUUUUAGUGCCUUUGUUUUCAGGUUUUUUUUUCCUGGUGAGAAGGACAACUUUCAUAGUACAAUCGCCAAUCAUCUUUGUCAGCACACUUUAUUUUUUAUAAUUUAUUCUUAAUAUAUAUAUUUUGUACAAACUGUGCACUUUGAGUUUGUAUGAGGAAACCAUCAGAGCCCCAAGAAGAUGUCUUUUUCACACAAUGUCUUUUUUUUUUUAGCUACACUAUUUGGGAAAAAAAAAGUGUUAGGAUAAUAAGAUUGAAUCAUGUUUCAUAUUUUCUGUCAUGUUUCAGUUGAUGUGGUACUACAGCAAACGCAAAAGUGCUUAACUUUCAAACGGCACCAAGUGCUUUCCUUGAAAUUAUGAAACUUUCGUUAGUGUAUCACAAAUGGGGGGCAGGGUUUUUUUUUGGACCUGUGCAUUAAAAAAAAUAAAAACGCACCCCACUUGGUUAUAAUUGUUAAUUCAGUUGGUGUGUGCGGUUUAAAAAAAAAAAAAAAAAUCUUUACCUACCCAAAAAUUUAAAAGAAAAAUUACUGGAAAGUGUCAUGGGGAUCUCACCUACUGUUGGUGUAGUUUUUUUUUUUUUCUUUGCUUUGUCCAACCUGCGACAGAUGUUGGUUAACAAGUGACUCGGCAAUGGAUUUACUGUACACUUCCUCGUCCGAUGAUGAUGAUAAUGUUAAUGUACUGGAAGGUGGGAAUGUUUUUUGAUUUUUGUCAUUAUGUCAAGAAUUUCUGUUGCAGUGUGCAGAGAAAAAUAAACGCUGGAAAUGAA